AUGGCCAUAACGGCAUUGCCGUUGGACUGUUGGCUAAAAGAACGACUAAAAAAUUGGGUUCAACUAUCCGGUCAUGAAGGCUCAAUUGUUCCGGCUAGUAAUCAAACGUUAUGGAAACGACGUUCAAGCAGUGAUUACAAUGAGGCAAAUGCGUAUCGGAGUAUAAUGCAGGAUAAUGCAUUGAAAGGGUUUACGCCAAGGUUUUACAAGGAAAUCGACUAUAAAAAUGAAUCAUUCAUUGAAAUCGAAGAUCUCACAACACAGUUUACCAAUCCGGCAAUUAUGGAUAUCAAAAUUGGUACCAGGACAUUUUUGGAAAGUGAAGUUAAAAACGUUGUCUUACGGCCGGAUUUGUACAAAAAGAUGAUCGCCCAAAAUCCUGAUGAACCAACCGAAGAGGAACAUUCUGCAAAAGCUAUUACUAAGCUUCGUUAUAUGCAAUUUCGGGAAAAUGAAAGUUCAUCGGCAUCAUUAGGCUUCCGUAUUGAAGCAGCAAAGAUGCCUGGCGGAAAAUUACAGAAGAGUUUCAAAAAGGUUAAAAGUCCUGAUGAUGUAGCAAAAGCAUUGAUGGAAUUUUAUGGUGAUCGUGCAUCUGCUGUAACAAAACAGUUUUUGAUACGAUUGAAACGGUUACGUGAGGCAAUUGAAGAAUCCAAGUUUUUCGAGACACAUGAAGUUGUCGGAAGCUCGUUGUUGUUUAUUUAUGAUUCAACGAAAGCUGGUGUAUGGAUGAUUGAUUUUGCCAAAUCUACGCCAGUUGAAGGCAACGGUAUCAAUCAUCGGUUAGAAUGGGUGAUGGGUAACCAUGAAGACGGCUAUUUGAUAGGCCUUGAUAAUUUGAUACGAAUUCUUGAUGAGAUGGCAUCACGAUUUGUUCCGGUUGUAUCUCGGUAG